CUCCGCCACGGCUGGGGUGCGGCGUGUCGGGCUGCAGUCCCGCAGGGGCCGAGGGGGUUGUGUCGGCGCUGCUGGUGCCAGGGCUGCGUCCCGAACGCCGGCUGGUGCGGGGCGGACAGCUGCACUCCUCGGAGUGGCGGGGCCGGCUUGCGUUUGAGCCUGAGGCAGCGGGAAGGGGCCUCCACGGAAGCCGACCUGUCCGAGUGCCUUUAGGAAGAAGAUCGUCUUAAUUUAUUUUGUACAAGACCAGACAGGACCUCAGCUGUUAAAGGUGGCACCAGUUGGGUGUGUGACACAGGAGCAGAACAUCCUAGAGUAAAAUGAUGAUGGUGGAUCUGAAGGUGGCUGAGUAUUUGGACCCUCAGAUCAAGGCUCUGUGGGAGACCAAGGGGCCUGUGAGAGAGAGCUCCAGUCAGAGUGAAAAAUCUACACACACAGACAUUCUUGAUCUCAAGAGACCUUGCUGGCACUUCCGGAAUUUCCACUAUCAUGAAGCAGCUGGACCCCGUGAGGCUGUCAGUCAACUUCAGGAAUUAUGCCGUCUUUGGCUGAGGCCAGAGAUCCACUCAAAAGAGCAGAUAUUAGAACUGCUGGUGCUAGAGCAGUUCCUGACUAUUCUCCCCAGGGAAACACAAACUCAGAUGCAGAAGCACCAUCCAGAGAGCAUUGAGGAGGCUGUGGCCCUGGUAGAAUACUUGCAGAGGGAAUCUGGUCAAACAAGGAGUGGGGUUGCAGUCCAUGAGCUGGGAAAGGAGACAGUGUUCUUGGGAGAAACAGCAGAGGUCCCAGGCUUAAAGCCGAAGCCAGCAGAGUCCCAACCAGUGAGCGUUUCCCAGGAUGAAGAAUUUUGGAAUACAUGCCAGGGUCUACAAGAACAGCUGAGCAGGAAUACACAUAAAGAAACUGAGCCUGUGUCUGAAAGGGCUGUGCCUUCUCAACAGAUUCUAGCCUUUCCUGGGCAGACAAACACCAAAGACUGGACAGUGGUACCUGAGCUCGUCUUGCCUGAGUCCCAGAGCUUGUUGACAUUUGAAGAAGUGGCCAUGUAUUUUUCCCAGGAAGAAUGGGAGUUACUGGAUCCCACUCAGAAGACCCUCUACAAUGAUGUAAUGCAGGAAAACUAUGAGACUGUCAUCUCUCUAGCAUUAUUUGUGCUUCCCAAACCUAAAGUAAUCUCCUGCCUAGAGCAUGGGGAAGAGCCAUGGGUUCAAGUAUCCCUGGAGUUGAAGGACAGUGCUGGAGAGUCCUCUACAGCAGGGUUAAAACUCAAAAGUGACACUGAAAAUCAUCAGCCUAUGUCUCUUUCUGACUUGGAAAUACAAGUGCCAGUAGGCAUAGUAUCAAAAAAGACCAAAGUGAAAGUUCCCCAGAAAACAGGCAAAGAAAAUCAUGGUGAUACGCACAGAGUGGGGAAAUGGCACCGAGAUUUUCCAGUGAAGAAAAGAAAGAAACUUUCAACCUGGAAACAAGAGCUGCUGAAACUUAUGGAUCUUCACAAGAAAGGCUGUGCAGGAGAGAAGCCGUUUAAAUGUCAGGAAUGUGGGAAAACCUUCAGAGUUAGCUCUGACCUUAUUAAGCACCAAAGAAUUCACACUGAAGAGAAACCCUAUAAAUGUCAACAAUGUGAUAAGAGAUUUAGAUGGAGUUCAGAUCUUAAUAAACACUUAACAACACACCAAGGAAUAAAACCAUACAAAUGUUCAUGGUGUGGGAAAAGCUUCAGUCAAAAUACGAAUCUACACACACACCAAAGAACUCACACAGGAGAGAAGCCCUUUACGUGUCAUGAAUGUGGAAAAAAGUUUAGUCAGAACUCCCACCUUAUUAAACACCGGAGAACCCACACGGGUGAGCAGCCUUAUACCUGUAACAUAUGCAGGAGAAACUUCAGCAGGCGCUCAAGCCUUCUUAGACACCAGAAACUUCACUUGUGAAGGGAAGCUUGUUCAGUGUACUCAUUCUGAAGAAAUUCACCAAAUGCAGCUUAACACUAAAGUUUAUGAAAAAAUAAAAAAUCAUGAAGCAUGAGGAAUUUUUCAUUAUGGGAAAAUUUGGGGGCAUAAAUGUCAUAUUUCACAGAAAAGAAUCAAGAUUGGCUCUGCAGGGGGUACACUAGUAGUUGUACUACUUACUAUUUUUACUAUGAACCGUCAGGAAAUUCCUUAGUAGGAGAGGUUUUAGGAGCAUUCUGAAUAAGGGGAAAGGCUGUUUGGGGAUUCUCCCUGGAAAAAUAGAAUAUUCAGUUACAAAUAGCAGAUACAGCCAAUCAGUAGUCUUCUGUGGCCAUAGAAGUAAAUAUUGUGGGUUUUGCAUUGAUCUUCCCAGUUACUCUUGAACAUGUACAGUAGUAACAUUUACAGCAUGGUCUUCCAAAACAUAAAGCGAUAACAUGCAUGUUUAAUUGCAUACCAUUCUCUUCAGGGUAGUAGAUUUAUCAAUUUCAAUAGUCUUGGGGAGCAGAAAUGAAUUCUAAUGUAAAGUGUUCCAAGAACCAAAUUGGAAUUUCUUCAUUACUUUUGUUAAUUGGACACUGUUUACAAGUUGGAAAUCGUUUGAGUUCCUUCUUGAACUUUUUAGCGACUUCUGCUCUUGAGUAUUGUUAUCAUGGUUUUUACUGAUGAAAUCAUAUUUCUUUUAGCACUGGGGAAUCUGCCAGAUGAACUAAUAAUUAAUGCACUAUUUUAUGCCUCUCAUUGGUGGUGUUUGGAAAAUGGAAACAUCUCUAAUGAGAUCAUAUGGAAACUGAUUGGAAUUUGUACCCAUGGAAUAUAUAUUAGAUGUAAAGAAGAAUUUUCUACAAUAAAAGAAACUCGACUUGUUUCAUUA